GCACGUGGGCACUUCUCCACCCUUAAGUCCCGCAUCUGCACCACCGCAGUCAGCAUGCAGAGUGCGAGCCUCAGCACGGAGCUCUCUCGUCCUGCCUCUGUGGUCACCCUUCCUGCGCCCCGAUCUGUUCCCAUUGCCCUGGCCCAACGUUUUGAGUGUCAGGUCCGUGCGGCUGCUCAGUGUGUAAUCUUUUACACACUUUUGGGAUUGUCUGCUUUCACUCAGCAUCACACCCCAGAGAUUACGUCCAGGCUCUUGUGCGUGUCAGCAGUUUGAGGACCCGUCGCCACGUUCAGCAUUUUUCCGGAUCGGACAGAUGAGCAACGUGGAGCUGGACGAUGAGCUGCUCGACCCGGAGAUGGACCCCCCUCACCCUUUCCCCAAGGAGAUCCCGCACAAUGAGAAGCUCCUGUCCCUCAAGUACGAGAGCUUGGACUACGACAACAGUGAGAACCAGCUGUUCCUGGAGGAGGAGAGGCGCAUCAACCACAUGGCCUUCCGGACGGUGGAGAUGAAGCGCUGGGUCAUCUGUGCCAUGAUUGGGAUCCUCACGGGCCUUGUGGCCUGCUUCAUUGACAUCGUGGUGGAGAACGUGGCUGGCCUGAAGUACAAGGUCGUCAAGGACAAUAUCGACAAGUUCACGGAGAGAGGCGGGCUCUCCUUCUCCCUCUUGCUGUGGGCCACACUGAACUCUGCGUUCGUGCUCGUGGGCUCUGCGAUCGUCGCCUUUGUGGAGCCGGUCGCCGCUGGCAGUGGGAUUCCCCAGAUCAAGUGCUUUCUCAACGGGGUGAAGAUCCCCCAUGUGGUCCGGCUCAAGACCCUCGUGAUCAAAGUGUCUGGUGUGAUCCUGUCCGUGGUGGGCGGACUGGCGGUGGGAAAGGAGGGGCCGAUGAUUCACUCGGGCUCUGUGAUCGCUGCUGGGAUUUCCCAGGGGAGGUCAACGUCGCUGAAGCGCGAUUUCAAGAUCUUUGAGUACUUCCGCAGGGACACGGAGAAGCGGGACUUUGUGUCGGCGGGAGCUGCGGCCGGCGUGUCUGCCGCAUUCGGAGCCCCCGUGGGUGGGGUCCUGUUCAGCUUGGAGGAGGGUGCCUCCUUCUGGAACCAGUUCCUGACAUGGAGAAUAUUCUUUGCUUCCAUGAUUUCCACUUUCACCCUGAAUUUUGUCCUGAGCAUUUACCAUGGAAACAUAUGGGACCUCUCCAGCCCAGGGCUUAUCAAUUUUGGAAGAUUUGACACAGAGACGAUGGUGUACACGAUCCACGAGAUUCCUAUCUUCAUUGCCAUGGGCGUGGUGGGUGGUAUUCUUGGGGCCGUGUUCAAUGCCUUGAAUUACUGGCUGACGAUGUUUCGAAUCAGGUACAUUCACCGGCCCUGCCUCCAGGUGAUCGAGGCCAUGCUGGUGGCUGCGGUCACGGCCACGGUCGCUUUCGUGCUCAUUUACUCAUCCCGAGAUUGUCAGCCCCUGCAGGGGAGCUCCGUGUCCUAUCCCCUCCAGCUCUUCUGUGCAGAUGGCGAGUACAACUCCAUGGCCGCCGCCUUCUUCAACACCCCGGAGAAGAGCGUGGUCAGCCUCUUCCACGACCCCCCAGGCUCCUACAAUCCCAUGACGCUUGGCCUCUUCACUCUGGUCUACUUCUUCCUGGCCUGCUGGACCUACGGGCUGACGGUGUCUGCCGGUGUCUUCAUCCCGUCCCUGCUCAUCGGGGCCGCCUGGGGCCGGCUCUUCGGCAUUUCCCUGUCCUACCUUACAGGGGCCGCAAUCUGGGCAGACCCUGGCAAAUAUGCCCUCAUGGGAGCAGCUGCCCAGCUGGGUGGGAUCGUGAGGAUGACCCUCAGCCUGACAGUCAUCAUGAUGGAGGCCACCAGCAACGUGACGUACGGCUUCCCCAUCAUGCUGGUCCUCAUGACCGCCAAGAUCGUGGGGGACAUCUUCAUUGAGGGCCUGUAUGACAUGCACAUUCAGCUGCAGAGCGUGCCCUUCCUGCACUGGGAGGCCCCCGUCACCUCUCACUCGCUCACUGCCAGGGAGGUGAUGAGCACGCCGGUCACCUGCCUACGGAGGAGGGAGAAGGUGGGCGUCAUCGUAGACAUACUCAGCAACACGGCAUCCAAUCACAAUGGGUUCCCCGUGGUGGAGUUUGCUGGUGAUACCCAGCCAGCCCGGCUUCAGGGCUUGAUCCUGCGCUCCCAGCUGAUUGUCCUCCUGAAGCACAAGGUAGCGGCUGGGCGCCUGUGGGGGGUGGGAAACGCGGGCGCGGGCUCUGACGCACUCCACCCCCAGGUGUUCGUGGAGCGCUCCAGCAUGGGCCUGGUGCGACGGCGGCUGAGGCUGAAGGACUUCCGGGACGCCUACCCACGCUUCCCACCCAUCCAGUCCAUCCACGUGUCGCAGGACGAGCGCGAGUGCACCAUGGACCUGUCGGAGUUCAUGAACCCCUCUCCCUACACGGUGCCCCAGGAUGCGUCCCUCCCACGGGUGUUCAAACUCUUCCGGGCCCUGGGCCUCCGGCAUCUGGUGGUGGUAGACAACUGCAACCAGGUGGUUGGACUGGUGACCAGGAAGGACCUGGCCAGGUACCGGCUCGGGAAGGGGGGCCUGGAGGAGCUCUCCCUGGCCCAGACGUGAGGCCCUGGCCCCUCCCUGGGGCCCCCACCUCGCUCCCUAGGGCAGCAGUGGAUACAGCAUUCCCCAGUCCUUGGGACGUGUGUGUGUCUGUGUGUUUGUGCGCGUGUGAGACAGUGAGCAAGCCGGCCCCCAGGGCGGGGCCCCUUGCUGCUUCUGUGCUGUCUGCUUCCCUGCGGGCCGGCCCAGGAGGACCACACCGUCUGUGCUUCACCAGCUGGGGCCUGGGGGACAUGCAGCUGCUGCAGAGGCCUAUAGCCUUGUCCCUUCGACUCUGUCUGCGGCCUUGAGGUGAUGGGCCUGGACCUCGAGGCAAGGGCCCUGGGGAGCAGACAUGGCAGCGGGCUUUAGCGGAAAGCCAGCUGUUUUCCCAGACUUACCACGUGGCCCUCUGGGGUCUUGGCCAGGGAGGGAGCUGAGAACCAUCUGCGGGCCUGAACACCUCCGUCCCCCCGACGUCCAGACGAUGGCUGUGGCCGGUGUGCACCGAGAGACUGGCAUUCCUAAGCAGAGGGGCUCCCGCUGGCCUCCGAGGACCCCUGGCCCAGGGCCACCUUCUGAGGCAGCUCUGGUCCCCGUUCUGGGGCAGGUGGCCUCUGGGAUGGGCCGGUGAGCCUGGAGCAAGGAUACUGUGCCGCUCCCUGGCUGGUGUCCUGUGGCCCCAGGGCCCCAGGGCCCCAGGGGACCUUUCCUGGAGGUGAUUUCCCCGGCCUGCUUCGGAGAGCAGGCUACACAGCCGCCAUUGUGGCAGCCUGGCGGUGUGGGGGGGAGCUCAGCUGGGUUUGGGCCCCUUUCCAGGGAGCAGGGCCUCGAAAAGCCAGUCCCUUCCUGGCGGGAGCCCUGUGGGUGACGCAGGGGGAUGAGUUUGGGGGGGGCUCUAGAAGGGAGAAAUAAAGGAAUCGUACCCUGAUGGCCAGCACCGGCUCCCUGGUUCCUGCCCAGCAUAGGCCAUGGUCCAGCAGUCGGGGGUUUGCGGGGCCACUGAGCGGGGUCAUCGGGACGGGGCCGCCUUGACCACCCCCCCACCGGGAGGAGAUGGAGGCAAGAGGCCCAGAACCCUUGUGAGGAGGCAGUGGUGGCCCACGGACAUCUGUGGGAUAUGCCGGCGCUGGCCCCGGACGCCUGGGGGCCCUCGGUCUGGACGCCACUCUGGGCCGCGAGGGGUGUGGAAAGGCCCCCAGACUGGGGUUGACUUUAGAGCUGUCGCCUUGUCCUGGGGAAGCUCUGGUCAGCCCUCGGGCAGGUCUGGGUGAUGGGGCGCAGGGAGCACAGGUCCACGCUGGCCUGACACAAACCGGGGAGCAUCGGGCCGGACUUCGAAGAUCUGGAGUGGGAAAGCGGGAAUGUCACGGUUCAUGUGAUGACACCUUGAACCAGCCGCUCGGCCCCCACAUUGGGUUAAAUAAAACACUGGAAACUCGC